GAAGGGUGAUGGGCAUGCAUCUGACACCUAACUCCCUAUUACACCAACCUUCAAAUUUAGAAAUUUUAUAUUAAAAAUGAAAAGCUAUAAAUGGAGGAUAAAUGGCGAAGGAUGAAGGGCAUCGGAUAAAGAGAGGAGUUAGAGAGAGAGAGAGGAGUUAGAGAGAAGAGAGAGGCAGAGAAAGAGAGAGAGUUAAUUUCUUUCUUUGAUGGGGUUAGAGAGUGAUCUUAUUUGUAAUAUUCUUUUUUGUGAUUAGUGAAUUUUUCUACUGCUCUCACCCGUGGAUGUAGAUCAUACUGACUGAACCAUGUUAAAUCCUUGUGUGCUGUUCUCUGUCUCUACUCUGAUUAUCUAGUACUGUGUUGUUACCCACUUUGUAUAGAUAUAUUCUGUGACUGUGUAUAGCCCCCGCUUCCACAAUAAGUUUGUACCCUACUAACAGUUUACAACUAUUUUAAGUAUGGAGCUUUAUGUUUCCAUUUUCAGUGUAAGCAUAAUUACCAUGUUGGUAAUCUGGGUUCAUAGAUGGAGGAAUCCCAAAUGCAACGGCAAGCUCCCUCCUGGCUCCAUGGGUUUGCCUCUCCUUGGUGAGACUCUCCAAUUCUUCAAGCCCGACACUUCCAACGAUUUACAACCCUUCGUCAAAGAGAGGGUAAAGAGAUAUGGGCCAAUAUUCAAAACCAGCUUGGUGGGCCAGCCCGUCAUCAUCUCCACGGACCAAGAACUUAACGAUUUUGUGUUUCAGCAAGAAGGGAAUCUAUUUCAAAGCUGGUACCCUGAAACUUUCAUGGAGAUCUUUGGGCAAGACAGCGCGGCAGCUUUACAUGGGUACAUUCACAAAUACAUCAAGAACCUAGUGCUUAAACUCUUUGGACCGGAGAGCCUCAGAGAAAGGCUACUCCAUGACGUGGAGAAGUCUGCUCGUUUAAGUUUAUGCUUGUGGUCCGAGGAAUCGAGCGUUGAGCUGAAAGAUGCAAUAUCAACUAUGAUAUUUGAUCUCACGGCUAAGAAAUUGAUCAGUUAUAAUCCUUCCGAGUCCUCAGAUAACCUGAAGGAUAGUUUUGUUGAUUUCAUUUCGGGAUUAAUCUCAUUUCCCGUGAACAUUCCAGGAACUGCUUACCAAAAAUGUGUACAGGGACGAAAGAAAGUGAUGAAGCUGCUGAAGGAUAUAUUAGCUGAGAGAAUGAACUCACCGAAUAGAAAAUGCAUUGAUUUUUUCGAUUGUGUCGUCAAAGAGCUGAAGAAAGAAAAACCAGUUAUAACAGAAGCUAUUGCUUUGGAUUUAAUGUUUGUGCUUCUUUUUGCGAGCUUUGAGACUACAUCCUCAGCAUUGACGUUAGCCAUCAAAUUCUUAUCAGAAAAUCCUGAAGUUUUGGAGGAAUUAACGAAAGAGCAUGAAGCAAUUCUCGGAAACAGGAAGUACCCAGAUUCUGGAAUCACAUGGCAGGAAUAUAAAUCUAUGAACUUCACAUUCCAGGUUAUCCAUGAAACAACCAGGCUGGCAAAUAUCGUACCAGGAAUAUUCAGAAAAGCAAUGAAGGAAAUCCAUGUUAAUGGAUACACGAUCCCUGCAGGUUGGGGGGUGAUGGUAUGUCCUCCAGCGGUUCACUUGAAUCCUCGGAUAUAUGAAGAUCCACUUUUGUUUAAUCCAUGGAGAUGGAAGGGAAAGUCUGAGCUAAGCGGAGGAUCAAAGAAUUUCAUGGCUUUUGGAGGAGGGGUAAGGUUUUGUGUAGGAGCAGACUUCAGCAAGCUUCAGAUGGCGAUAUUCCUGCACUGCUUGGUUACCAAGUACAGGUGGAAGCCAGUCAAGGGAGGGAACAUAAUCCGGACUCCUGGCUUAGGAUUUCCGGAUGGCUACCAUAUACAAAUAUCCCAAAAAAGAAUGAAAUAGUUUGAGGUGUGAUGGAUCAUUUGGUUUGAAUACGUGACUAAAUUAUUGAAUUUGGGUCAGUUAUAUGUAUGGUACGUGUCUAGCUAGCUUAUGUAGAUGAUCCUCCUGGGGCAUUGUCUGUGAACGCCCCUUUCAGUAUUCAGUAUAGUUGCCUUAAGUAUUGAUCAUUUCUCAGCU